UCACCGUUUUCUACAACGCCAGAAAUGUCCAAAGUGAUAGUCGUCACAGGCGCCUCCCGAGGCAUUGGCCUUGCCAUUUCGCACUACCUCCUCCAACAUUCGCACAAAGUCACCCUCGUCGCCCGCUCCGAAGCACCCCUCCGUGACCUCGAAGGGCAAUACCCCGACCAGACCGCUAUCCUUACCGGUGACCUCGCCGACUUAUCCUUGGGCCAAAAGGCCAUCAAUCUCACCAUCCAAACCUUUGGCAAACUAGACGGCGUCAUCGUGAACCAUGGAACGCUCGACCCCGUCAGCAGAGUAGCAGAUUCUUCCGCCGAAGCGUGGAGAAACGCAUACAACAUCAACUUCUUCUCCGCCGUCGCCCUCGCCACCGCUGCAAUCCCCCAUCUCCGCUCCACCACAGGCACCAUCCUCUUCACCUCCUCCGGCGCCGCUGCAACCGCUUACCCAACAUGGGGUGCAUACGGCUCUAGCAAAGCCGCUCUGAACCAUUUAGCACAGAGUAUCGCGGCGGAAGAGAAAGAGGCGGGAGUCACGUCUAUGGCGAUUCGACCGGGAGUGGUGGACACGGAAAUGCAGAGGGAGAUUCGAGAGAAACAUCAUGAGGUGAUGGAGGAGAGUGAUCGAAAGAGGUUCAAGGAGUUGAAGGAUACGGGGGCGUUGCUGAGACCUGAGCAGCCCGGGUGGGUUAUGGCCAAGUUGGUCUUGGAGGCGCCGAGGGAGUUGAGUGGGAAGUUUUUGAGCUGGAAUGCGGAGGAGUUGAAGGCGUUUCAGGAGGGUUGAAGGACUGUGGGUUUGCGUCCUGGUGCUAGCUUCCUGAGGUUGCUGCUGUCAAAAGGCGCCAUUAUCCAAGGAUACAAUGGCAGCGUCAGUACUCCGAGAUGGCGUGCUUCUGCGCUGUAGUCCAUCGAACGACCUGCGUUCUCCUGUACUGUUGACUGUGGAUCUUAGGUAUUGAGUCAGUCCCUCCUCGUCGUUCACAUGGCGAAACCCUCGCCUUCCCUGGCAGUUCCACAACACCAGAGCUACCUACUACCAUCCUGCGGCAGUCUACACGAUCUGGUCACAGAACAGAAAAUGCAAAUGAUCUCAGCUGUUUGCUACUCAGCUCAGCUGGGGAGAGCGGGUGGAGCUUUGUGAGACGUAUGACUGGACGAACCAACAUAUGCACUCGAACGCAGGGUCUAAGGAUAGCAUUUUGGCAUAGCAUUAUGCUGUAACUGCUGAGCUUGUACAAGGUCCUGUCAUGUAUACGGAGAACUUUGCCGAAGCCGAGAUUAAGGCACAGUAUUGAUAGUCGUUUGACAAUCAAUAUAGCAUGUUGGCUCUCCGGUGAAGACGCUUUCUGGAAAGCACACAAGCGGCGCAGACACGAAGCGCACUCGGUCUGUGACCAAAAAGGAAUCUCCGAAGCGGGCACAAGCGGUAUAAGAAACGUCCCCUGGCAGAUCGUUAUGUACGCGACUUGCCCUGCCGUACAUCCAUUAGCCAUCCUCGAGGCCCCAGACUCACAGCUCAACUGGGUUCGAGAAGAACAACGUCAUGGCUUCAUGCAAGCCAUAUUACAGACAACUAUACCAGCAGACCAAGUGGGGACAAUCUACCGACAGCUGGCGGCGUUUCUAGCAUCUCACUACUGUAUUUU